AUGUCGGCUCAAAAGCCGCGCGCCCCUCGCAAGACGACGCGGUGGCCUCCAGCACCAGACCUGAAGGGUGCAAAGUGGGUUCAUGCGCGCAAAUGGUACACGGAUGCCCAUGGCACACUGGAGGCCUUCGAGGUGCACUACAAGACUCUGAGUUCCUCGUAUCACAGAAACUCGGACGUGUUGCUCCCUCGUUGA